AUUUAACAAGUAGCGGUUCGAUCUCACUCGCCCUCCUGGAUUCCCGGGAAGUUCCGGACUCCAGCCCAGUAAAUGCAGGAAGUGACGAGAGGGAAGGGCGGGUAUGGAGGAGUCCAUGGCAACGUUGCACUCUGAGCUGAGAUUGACUAGGUAUGCCACAUCUCCACAUAGAAGUUCAAUCCUGUUUCCCAAGUUGUCAAAUUUGAGCAAAAGUUCAACCACAGUGCCAAAAACUUCAGUUCAGAUCAAGGAUGUCUUUAAAAGGAACGGUUUGCUGAUUCUCUCCGUGCUGUCCGUUAUCAUCGGCUGCUCGCUGGGAUUUUUCCUGAGGACCAGGCAUCUUUCCGAACAGGAAAUUAAGUAUUUCCAGUUCCCCGGUGAGCUGUUGAUGAGGAUGCUGAAAAUGUUAAUUCUUCCGCUGGUGGUAUCGAGCUUGAUGUCUGGACUGGCUGCUUUAGAUGCAAAAGCUUCAAGUCGAUUGGGUCUCAUCACAAUUGCCUACUAUCUUUGGACCACAUUUGUGGCUGUUGUUAUUGGAAUAAUUAUGGUGUCCAUCAUCCAUCCUGGUGGUGCAGCCCAGAAGGAGAACACUGAGGACAGUGGAAAGCCAAUCAUGAGCUCUGCUGAUGCUUUGUUGGAUCUGAUACGGAACAUGUUCCCAUCUAAUCUCAUUCAAGCUACAUUUCAACAGUAUCGAACCAAGAUCAUCCCAAUAGUCAUCUCAGUCAAAGUGCCAGGAUAUGAAGCUGCCAAGAGAAUGCCUUUAAUCUAUGGAAUUCAGAGUGAUAAUGAUUCUGAAAUAAUUCACAACAUUUCCUUGGAAAUCACCCCAGCUCCAGAGAUCAUCUACCAAACAGGGCCGGGAUCAAGUGAGGGGAUGAAUGUUCUUGGUAUUGUUAUAUUCUCAGCAACAAUGGGUAUAAUGCUUGGAAGGAUGGGGAAGAAUGGAAUGCCGUUGGUUAGCUUCUGUCAGUGCUUGAAUGAAUCUGUGAUGAAGAUUGUAGCUAUUGCUACAUGCUAUUUCCCAUUAGGCAUUGUAUUCCUGAUUGCCGGCAAAAUAUUGGAGAUGGAUGAUCCUACAGCCAUUGGAAAGAAAUUGGGUUUCUAUGCAAUCACAGUUGUUUGUGGUCUCGUGGUUCAUGGGCUUCUUGUUUUACCCAUGGUGUACCUCCUUAUCACCAAGAAAAAUCCAAUUGUUUAUAUUAGAGGAAUUCUUCAAGCUUUACUCAUAGCUUUGGCUACUUCGUCAAGCUCUGCCACUUUGCCUAUUACCUUCAAGUGCCUGUUAGAAAACAACCAUAUUGAUAGAAGAAUUGCAAGAUUUGUUUUACCCGUGGGAGCUACAAUCAACAUGGAUGGCACUGCCUUGUAUGAAGCUGUGGCAGCAAUAUUUAUUGCACAAGUUAAUAACUAUGAACUGGAUUUUGGGCAAAUUAUUACUGUGAGCAUAACAGCAACAGCAGCCAGUAUAGGUGCAGCAGGGAUUCCGCAAGCUGGCUUGGUGACCAUGGUUAUCGUUUUGACAUCAGUUGGACUUCCCACAGAUGACAUCACUCUGAUAAUUGCAGUGGAUUGGGCACUGGAUAGAUUUCGAACCAUGAUUAAUGUUCUCGGAGAUGCUCUGGCAGCUGGAAUUAUGGCUCAUAUCUGCCGAAAGAACUUUACUCAAGAAAAUGACGAAGUUCCACUGAUUUGUGAAACAAAGCCAGGAAGUAUCAAUCAAAUCAUGACCUAUCAGAGAAAUGGAUGUACAAAUGAUGCUAAUAAGGCAGACAAACAUCUUUAUGCAGGAGCCACAGAUGGAUCUCAUCACAAUGUACAAAUGGAGCUAGGUCUCAGCACCAAGAAGGAUUAUUGCACCAUUGAAAUAGAUGAAUUGGAGACAAGAGUAUAGUCAGAGGAAUGCACCUCAAUAGGAAUACUUCAUGUCAUGCUGGUAACAUGUGUGACUACCUCACAGCUGGAAAUGUGGUAUAUACAGGAGAAAUGACAACUGGAACUUAUGGUAGUGCAGGAGGUGCACACUGAUUCAAACUGCUUUGAAUUACUACUCAUUUUUUUGUGAACAGCACGUUAUUUAUGUCUAUUCAAUACAAAGUGUUGGUUGGUCUUCUAGGUUAUUUCAUAAGGAGUGCUAAGGAAUAACUUAAGAAUGUCUGUCCUUACAUUUGUUUCACUUGCAGCAAUAAUAUGAAGAUAAUUAAAUCAAUUUGUCAUUGUCAAUUUGUUUUUAUUCCCCAUUUUCCCAAAGAUUUGUCAACACUAAAUCCAGUCUGUGGGAUGACCAAGCAGGCAAGAUUCUGCUGCAUGAUGUUCUAGUAUACAAUUCAUCAAAGGAUCACUGAUUAUUACCUAGGAACUGUAGUCUUUUUGAAGCUAUUCCUGACAUCAGAAUCUAUCUGUGUCAUUUAGAGCUAAUAACCAGGUCAAACUUUGCUGAAGUUUACUUUGGAUCUAUGUGGACUUCCUUCUUCCUCGGCUGGACGAACGGCCAAUAGCUUAACUUCUAAUCCUCCCCCAAUUGGUAUGCCCAAAGACCGGAUGAUUGAUAGCCCUUUGGUAGCCAUCAUUUUAAAGAUGUUUAACAAAACUCCAUUGUCUUAAGUUUAUUAUGUUGGAAGAGUCACUCUUUUCCUGAAUUUUAAUCUGUAUUCCUGGUAGAUGCAUGUUAUGGUUUUAAUCACAUGGGAGCUGAAUUUAAUGUAAUUACAUCAUUCUAAUAUGUGUUCACUCCAAAUCCUUUCUAAGCACUUCCGGCCAAAAAUCCUGAUGCAUGCCAGCUUCAUGCACUCAGACAAACCUGUUAAUCACAUGUGUUCUGAGGAGUCAAGUGAAGAGAUCAGAAUCAGAUUUAAUAUCACUGGCAGAUGUUGUGAAAUCUGUAGCAGCAGUACAAUGCAAUACAUAAAAAAAACAAGAAAGUGAAUUACAGUAAGUAUAUGUAAACUUUAAUAUAUAAUUAAAUUCAUAGAGUGUGUGUAUAUAAAUAUAUAUAUAUAUAUAUAUAUAAAAUUAAACAAGUAGUGCAAAAAUAUGAAUAAAAAGUAGUGAUGUGUUCAUGGGUUCAAUGUCCAUUCAGGAAUUGGAUGACAGAAGGGAAGAAGUUGUCCUUGACUUAUUGAGUGUGUGAUUUCAGGCUUCUGUACCUCCUCCUUGAUGGUAGCAAAGAGAACAAGCUGGGACCUGGAUGAUAAGGUCCUUAUUGUUGGGUGCUGUCAUUUUGAGGUAUUAUUCCUUGAAGAUGUCCUAGCUGCUACAGAGGUCAGUGUCCAUUAUGGGGCUAACUAUGUUUACUACUCACUGAAACUUACUUUGAACCAUGCAGUAGCCCUUCCAUACCAAACAUGCAGUCAUUACUACUGUAAGAAGAGCAGUAGAGAAAAUAAACGUGAGGUUUUAAAAGUUAGUUUAAUUAAGAGGUUAAUAGUAGUUCUUCUUAGAAGAAAGCUAAACAUUAGCACUUUUAUCAAGUUGUUGAGAACAAAACGUAUGUUUGUUAGGGCUGCAUGGAUAUAUAAGGAAUCUUCCUAUUUAAAAAUAAAGAUUUAAAAUGGAAUUCUUGGAAAAUUAUUUUUAUUUUUUAAUUAUGAACCAGUCAUUUCUUCAGCAAAAAGUUUGAAAGUUCCAAUGGGUUAGGAGUUGUACUUCAUGCUGAAUUUGGUUGUCUUAUCUGUGCUGCUAUUCUUGAAAACAGUUCCUCAGCUCUUUUCAAAUAAAUUCCUCCUCUUUUCCCCUACAAACCACAAGUUUGCCCUACAAUUUUGAGGUUCUAAAAUGAUUUUCCAGAAAUGCUAGAAACUUGGGAUAUUUGUCUCAAUUAAUUAGCCACAAUACUUUGAAAGGAGUUGAAAGUUGAAAUUAAUGGCCAAGUAAACACUUUGUGGAACACACACAUGCUGGAGGAACUCAGCAAGCCAGGCAGCAUCUAUGGAAAGAAGUAAACAGUUGACGUUUCAGAC